UAACAAUUGUCGAUAUAUUAUUAUACAAAUUGCUGUUGAUAAGCAAAUGGACAGCAUUAGAUUACCAACAUGACAUAGAUUUGUUUAAAAUAGGAUUUGCUCCAUAAAGACUAGUUUUGAACUGGAGUCCUCCCUUUCUCCUUGGCUCUCGCUUUUUCUUGUGUCCUUACAGAACGCAUGAACUCUUUUUACAUGGACAUGACGCCCCACCUUCAGAAGUCUCCUUAACUUACCUCCUCCAACAAACAAUCUCAUGAUCGUCAAGAAAGCAAGCGAAAUUCCAAACCAACACCACCACCACCACAUGUCGACAAGCCGUCAAUCGGAGCCCGAUGACCCCAGUGCAAGCGAGAAAUGGGCUGCAAACCUCCUCCAAGAUUGCGCAAAGGCCAUCUCGGAGAAGGACUCCAGCAAGAUCCAUCACCUUCUGUGGAUGCUGAACGAGCUCGCAUCCCCCUAUGGAGAUUGCGAACAGAAGCUGGCAUCCUAUUUCCUGCAAGCUCUCUUCUGUAAAGCAACGGAAUCGGGGGAGCGCUGCUACAAGACUCUAGUAUCGGUUGCAGAGAAAAGCCACUCUUUCGAGUCUGCGAGGAAGGUGAUCCUCAAGUUCCAGGAGGUGAGUCCUUGGACCACCUUUGGUCAUGUCGCAUCCAAUGGUGCGAUCUUGGAAGCCUUGGAAGGGGAGGCCAAGCUUCAUAUUAUCGACAUCAGCAACACAUACUGCACCCAGUGGCCAACUCUGCUGGAAGCCUUGGCAACCCGAAGCGACGAGACGCCGCAUUUAAGGCUGACGGUGGUGGCGACGGUCGGCAUGGGAGGAGGAUCGGUCAUGAAGGAGAUUGGGCAGAGGAUGGAGAAGUUUGCGAGGUUGAUGGGUGUUCCAUUUGAGUUCCAUGUGGUGAGGGUGGCGUCGCAGCUAGGGGAGCUCAAGGAGGAGGACCUGGGGCUGCGAGAAGACGAAGCAGUCGCCGUGAACUGCGUCGGGGCCUUGCGACGGGUCGCCGUGGAAGAGAGGGGCGACUUCAUGCGCCUGCUUUGCAGCCUCCGCCCGAGGGUGGUCACCGUGGUGGAGGAGGAGGCCGACUUCACAAGCACCGGGAGCGAGUACGUCAGAUGCUUCGAGGAGUGCUUGAGGUUUUACGGCGUUUUCUUCGAGAUGCUGGAGGAAAGCUUUGCUCCCACGAGCAAUGAGAGGUUAUCGUUGGAGAGGGAGUGCUCGAGGAGUAUUCUUAGCGUCCUCGCUUGCGAUGGCGAUGGUGUUGGAGACUGCGAGAGGAGGGAGAAGGGGAGCCAGUGGUUUGCAAGGCUGAUGCAAGCCUUCUCGCCCAUGAACUUCAGCGACGACGUCGUCGAUGACGUUAGGGCGUUGCUGAAGAGGUAUCGGUCAGGGUGGUCGCUCUUGCCUGCACAAGGUGACGACUCAGGCCUCUACCUGACAUGGAAGGAUGAACCAGUAGUGUGGGCAUCAGCUUGGAAACCCUAGAAUGAGGUUAGCAUCUCAUUAAUUUCCCAAACCAAUCGAUCCAAUCUCAUCUCAAAAAUUAAAAACCAUGGCUAUCAAGUUCUUUGUUUCCUCCCCAGCACCCUCAUUGUUUAUAUCCUCCUCCUUUUUUUGUUCUCGAGUGUGGGAUAUCAUGUUUCUGUGCCUGCAUUGAUGGUUUCUCUUGUAGCUUUUUGGGAUCCUCUCCCAAUUUUGCAAUUCAAGAUUGGUUAGUGUGCAUGCGAAAAAGUGCUGCUGUUUUUAUUUUUGGUAAUGAAAGAUUAAUUAGGCUGA